CUAUUCCAUUUUCUGCAGGUUCCAUGUCAUCCAUGAUCAGACCCACAUGAGUCCCUCAAUCUCAUGUUCAUCAACGCCUAUAUAUGCAUGCUUAGCAUUUAAAAAAAAAAAAACCCAUUUUCCCAUCCUUAAGAUUUUGUUCUAUCUCGGUUGCUUUGUUGAGUUACAAAUGGCUCAGCUCUGUCCUUUGACAUUUGUAACGAGCUUGGCUGUCCUUCUUAAUGUAGCCCUUUCUGCAAAUUUUAGUGACUUUUUUCAACCUUUCUGGGCUCCUGAUCACAUUGCCACUGAAGGAGAUCACAUUAAGUUAUCAUUGGACACUGAUUCCGGUUGUGGGUUUGAAUCUAAAAGCAAGUACUUGUUUGGGAUAUCAAGUAUGCAGAUAAAACUAGUAGAAGGUGAUUCUGCAGGAACUGUCACAGCCUUCUAUAUGUCAUCGGAAGGGCUGAAUCACGAUGAGCUUGACUUUGAGUUUCUGGGCAAUGUUUCUGGGCAACCAUAUCUAGUUCAAACAAAUGUGUACGUGAAUGGAAGUGGAAACAGAGAGCAAAGGCACACACUUUGGUUUGAUCCUACACUGGAUUUUCAUACCUAUUCCUUGUUCUGGAACCGCCGCUACAUUGUGUUUCUGGUAGACGAGAUUCCGAUAAGAGUAUUUACGAACAAGGAAGAAAGCGGGGCGAUUUACCCCAAGAGUCAAGCCAUGUCAAUCCGAGGCUCAGUGUGGAAUGCUGAUGAUUGGGCUACACAGGGAGGGACAGUCAAGACAAACUGGAGCAACUCUCCAUUUGUAGCAACCUUCAAAUCAUUUGAAAUAGAUGCCUGCGAGGUUUCGCCAUCAGAAACCGACGGCGUGGAAUCCAAAUGCGGUAUUUCACGACGGUUCUGGUGGGAUAAACCGUCUUUGAGAGAGCUGAAUAAGCACCAGAGUCACCAACUCAAGUGGGUUCGUAGAAAGCACUUGGUGUAUGAUUAUUGCAUGGACGCAGCUCGCUUUACUGAGCUGCCAAAAGAGUGCACCAAUUAGCCUCUAAUUAUUAUCGCUUCAUUGAGCUGACUACUGUAUGAUUCGAAUCCAAAAUAAUCAAUUCAAAAUUAGACACCAA